AGUCAGGCUUUUUCCAGAAGACUCACCGCGUCUGUGAGCGACUCCACCGCUGGAUUGUGGGUAAUCAGGCAGCGAGUCCAAGAUGGCGGCAAGCAGGAGGCUGCAUAAGGAACUUGAUGAAAUCCGCAAGUCUGGAAUGAAAAAUUUCCGCAACAUCCAAGUUGACGAGUCAAACAUUUUGACUUGGCAAGGGCUUAUCGUUCCUGACAACCCUCCAUACGAUAAAGGUGCAUUCCGGAUUGAGAUCAUAUUCCCUGCUGAGUAUCCGUUUAAGCCUCCCAAGAUCACCUUCAAAACAAAGAUCUACCACCCAAACAUUGACGAGAAAGGCCAGGUCUGCCUGCCCGUUAUAAGUGCAGAAAACUGGAAACCAGCAACCAAAACUGACCAAGUAAUCCAGUCUCUCAUCGCCCUUGUCAACGACCCUCAACCAGAGCACCCGCUGAGGGCUGACUUAGCAGAGGAAUACUCAAAAGACCGUAAAAAGUUCUUUAAGAACGCAGAAGAGUUUACAAAGAAACAUGGGGAAAAGCGACCAGUGGACUGAUAACACAAGAGUGACUCCCACUCUCUCCUUUGUCCACCCCUCCAAAUCUAUAAACCUCUGCCUCUACCUGUACCCUCCCAACCUGCCCUCACACUCAAACCCACAACACCCUCUCAGAGCUUGGAGCAGAGCAUCCCAAAAGCAUUUCAACAUUGGUACAGGACUUUUCUGAAUCAGUCUGCUUGCCCUCUGGGUGCCAACUGGAUGGCUGAUUUUUCUAUAGUGUAUAAAGAAAAUGUGAUCCAAAUAUAAGCGUAAAUGGGAACUUGAUUUAAAAAAAACAUCAAGAAUUGGACCGUGGGGGUGGGGUGGGGGUGACUGCUUUUACUUUUAAUUUGUUCUUAAUUUGCACAGAGAUAUGGUCACGCAACCUGCUGUGCAAUGAAUCUCGACUGUUUCGGAGCAGAGUACUAUGGUGAACUUGAUUAUAUUAUAUGUCCUUUCACUGUCUUUCCCUUCCACACAAGUCUGUGUUGAAAAUCAAAUAACUAAUUGAUAGGCAACAAUUAAUGCAUCAAGGUCCUGAAGGUGUGUGGCAGACGUUUCUUUUAUAUUUCUUUUUAUUAUUUUGUUUUUGCUUAGGUUGCACUGUAUUCUGUGGAACAAGGUGUUAUGUUCUCCAUAACCUAUGUUUGUAUCUCAUCCAAUAUUCAAAACUGCAGCAUAGUCACUGUUACCAAUAUAAUGUUUAUGAUGUUAUAAAAAAAGAAAAAAAAAAAAACA